AUGUUGUUCAAGAAUAUCGCUUUAUCCACCGCUUUAUUAGCUUCUGCCGUCAUGGCUGAUGAUGGAGAUACCACCAUUAUUACCACUGUUACUGUCACCCAAACCGUUUAUACCCCAGAAGAAUCAUCUAGUAUGGCUGCUGCCUCCGCAGCUUCUGAAGCCUCAGUUGCAUCUGCCGCAUCUGCCGCAUCUGUUUCUUCUGUUGCUUCUGUUGCAUCAGUUGCUUCUGCUUCAUCUGCUUCUGCUGCAUCCGCUGCUGCUGCUGCUUCUAGUUCAUUAGCUUCAGUAGCUUCUGCUGCCUCCGCCGCAUCAGUUGCUUCAGCCAAGGCUGCUAAGCAAACUGCAUUGGCCCGUUACAACGGUAUUGUUGCCGUUGGUUCCAAUGUCAGCAACAAGACCAAUACUACCAUAACCACUUCUGCCUCAACUGUUCCAAUCCACACUACUGCUUACACCAACCAUACCACUUCAACCCCUCCUCCUGCUGCUACCACCAAUAAGGUAACUUCUACUGGUGGUGCCUUCAGUAAUUCUGUGGGUGUUGGUGCCGCUGGUUUACUUGCCAUUGUAGCUGCUUUAUUAUAA